CAUCACAGUCGCCUCGGCUCCCGAGCCUCACGCUGCUCUCCACGGGAGGGGGUGACGGCGGCUCUGUCUGCUUUGUUUUUACCCAUUUUUAACGUGUUACCAGCUAAGGAACACAUUUCACUGACGUCGGAUAUAAGUUUAGGGAACGAAAAUGUGGCUGAGAGCGUCGGGUCUAGUUAGGAGCACCUGGUUUGUUCACUAGAAAGUACCGGUUGUUCUAAUCUGGACGACACAAACUCCGCGCUGCGAAGAAAACAACAACAAUCCCUUCGAAAUAAAUCAGCCACGAUCUAGACGUAGAUUUAGAUUAUUUUUUUUUUUCGCCCUCCUUCUCAACCCUGCGACAUCUGUUCUCUGAGUAGACGGUUAAUAGCCCUGAAAUGGACCGAGGCGGCUGCCAGUUGAGCGGACGAGGCAACGACGCCGUCGACCGACACGGGAUGAUCACCUUGGAGGAUCUGGAGUCCUUCUCGGAGGACCCGCUGUCAGACUCGGGCAAUGGCAGCCUGGAAGAAGAGGGAGAAACUAUGGAGGCAGAGGACAGUUCAGACCGACUGCUACAUUACUGGCAGGAAGUGGCGAGGGGCCACCAAGUGGAGGUUUCCCCAGAUAUGGCAGAACCCAUUCAGCAGCUGAGUAGCGACAACCAAGGACACAGUCAAAGAGAGCACGUCCCAUUUACCCUCCUUAUGCGGAAAGAGAAGUGUGGGGAGCAGCUCUAUGAGAAACGUCACUAUGAGAAGGGCCAUUGGGCUUGUAUAACACUGCACGAGGAUACAUAUGAACAGAGCAUCUGCUAUGGUUUCAUGAGAAUAAUGAAAUACAUCUGUCAGCAGAACUCCACAGGGGACUACCUUGGUAUGACGUUGCCCAUCGUGACAAUAGUGCGGACGGAUGAAAAUCAUUCAGUGAUCUCCCAAGAUGUCACUGUAGCGUACUACCUUCCUAUUGAGCAUCAGGCCCAGCCUCCACAGGCGUAUGAUAACGAGAUCGUCAUCGAGGUCUGGCCUGCCGCUACUGUAUACACAAGGGGGUUCACUGGUCCCACCAAUGAAGUGACCAUCAUCAAUCAAAUCAGCGCCAUGGCUGAGCUGCUGGACUCCCCGGGUGUGUGCGCCAACGACUCGUUCAUCGUGGCUGGCUACACCAACCCUGCUCACAGCCAUCGUCAGAAUGAAAUCUGGUUUCUGGAGCGGCGCUGACCAGGUGGCAUCAUCCUACCUGUGACCCUUGAGCCUCAUGAACUCUUGACACUGCCCCAGCUAACUCAGCUACAGCCUCAGGUUCCAUCAUCCUUGCCUGAAACGACCACCAGCCUAGCACACCCCAGAGGAAAUAGGUUUUAAGUAAAAAAAAAAAAAAUUCUGAACUAACCUUAAAGACUUCCUUUCCUUCGUUUUAGAUGGAUCUUUAUUAGACCUGAACUGAACCACUGCCAUACACUGCGUUCUUAUUCUGCUUCAAGCUGGAUAUUAAAAACCUUUCCUCAGCACAGCGCCCUCUUUGUUCAAAUUUGGUAGUUUAAUCUGUCAGCGCUUUCUGAACGCGGUAACCACUGAGUUGGGACCCAAGUCUGAGGGUGUGUUUCAGUUGCUGGUUGGGGGAAUUGAAGCAAGUUCAAAGCCCUGAUCAGACCUAGUAUUAACCUGCAUAUUGGCUGAGUCAGAUAAAAGUACACAGCACUAAGCAGGAUCUUUUACACCUGGUACCAAAACCCAGUUGUGAAAACCCGCUUUACAUGCAAACAAACAUGUAGGCGAACCACAGGGUGGGCUGACAGACAAGCAACAGGGAAUGGACAGAUCUGCUGAUGUUUCUGUAACAUCUCAGAUGUUAUUUCAGGCACGAAAUCCUUGAUGAGCUCAUUUAUGUACCUUAAGACACAUAAAUAAAGAUGAAUAAUGUGGGACAUCAGGGCCUGGUAUUACUGCAGACACUAAAGAUUUUACAUAGAGUUCCCUGGCAGCUGCUACACCCAUGCAAAACACUGCUGUAAACCUCAUUUUCUUGUGACGUUUUACAACGGUCACAACAGGAAGUAACCCACAGCUCCAGAAAUCAUUGGAAUGAACAUCACAGUGCAGUAAAAACGCACUCAUACUGGGCCCUGUUGUCCACUAAUCAGUAUAAUCUUUCUGUUUCUGAUUUUAAACCUGUAUAUAAGAUGAAUAUUUUAUAACGGAGAGAAAUGUCCAGGCAAUAACUCUGCUGCUUCAGGGGAGUCAUGUCAGGUCUGUUUGGUUUUUCUACCAAAUUAAACCCAGUGCUUAGCCAGAGGCGGUGCUAAACCCAGUUCUUAACUGGUUCUAGAAAAGAAACUAGUUGGUUUUCCACAACCCAAGACCCAACUCAGCGUUUGUGAUAAUUUUUCAGAGUUUCUGUGGGGGACCUCAGUGCAUGGAGACAGUUUAACUUAGAAUCACCAUCUAGAUUCAUCAACACGGUUUUAACAAGCGCCGUUUGUGAAGGUUUAACAAUCACUGAUCUGAUCGGUACCAGCGGCGCUGGAAAGUUAAACACAGUGCUUGGCUGUCUUCAAGAACUGAGGCAGAAGAUGCGUUUAUGGAUUCAGCGGAAUAGAUCUGCUGUAGGUGCAGCUCUAUGUGGCGCAUUGACCUUCGACCCUGUGAGGGGUGAUAUCAAAAUAAACAUCAGGAGGGUAAAAGUCUGAGCUUACUAUUCAUUAACGAUAGAGCACUGUGAAUUUACCGUUUUGUCCUAAAUCAAGGUGAUCAAAAACAAAACUAAAGCUGAAUUUUAGACUUUCCUAACAUUUAUAUUGCGUUUUGGUCAGACUUGUUUCCAUAAAAUACUUGGUGGUAAAGCCAGCUAACACCAGUUUAGCAUUGGAACUGGUUUGGUGUAAAACCCUGGUGUGGGACAGAUUGCGUUCAGAUCGUUUGCAGCGUCCCAGGCCACCUCUGAAGGCAGUGAGAUGAAAACUGUCCUCAGUGCAUCUUGACUGCAUUAACACAUGCAUUUAACCCCACCCAGUUGCAAUCGGAUCCCUCAGGACCAAUGUUUGUAUUGAAGCUAAACACAUAAGGUGAUUUUAUAUAGAGAACAAACACCUGGGAACAGAACCCGUGGUCAUGUGUUCGAGGCUGAAUGUAAAGCUCCAGGCCAUCACGCUUCAACCAACCAAAUGCUAACAGCUGAUUUAUCUGCUCAAUGACAAUCAAAAGCUGUACCAGAUUCUGUACAUUCUGUCUCAGUUAAUGAUCCACGAUGAUGCAUUCCUCCUGCUCCGAGGCUUGUUCAUUCACAAACUGAAGUACUUAUAAGUGUACCUUUUGUCUAUGUCUGUCGGUGUUAGUUAAGUGUUCACUAAUGUAUCGCAAACACUACUGUUGCUAAGUACAUAAUUAAGCCACAAAAAGAGUAUAUUUGCUGUAAUUAAAAGCUAAUUUGUGUUUUAAAUGUGUUCCUAAUGUUCUGUCUCAUAUCAAAGCAAUCAGUUCAAAGUGAUGUGAGGAUGUUUCUGUUCUGGAUGUGUGCAUUUCUCCAGGGUGUCAAAAUGAAACGGAGGAUAAAUAAUCACUGUGUGAUUGUUUUUCCCUUGAACAGGGACGUCUGUGAAAUGCUGAGCAUGAUGUCUGCUGAAUCCUGUUUCCACAACUCAACGUCAGCUUUAGCCCAAGAGUUAUAGUAGGUGGAGGCAUUAAAACAUGGGAGAUCCAUCCAUCUGGCCCAACACAUUAUUGGCCAGCAGAGUUUAAAUGCCUGGUACCUGAACGGUUGUAGUCUACUGAUGCAAGCAGUCCUUUGGGACUGCAAAGUUGCACACAUUGAAACUACGAUUUAAUAAUUUCCGCAGUUCUAAUAAAAUGCAUCAAAAGAUGUGCAAAAAUUACAUUCUGUGCUAGUAUUGGGUUGGGGGGGCUGCAGAGCAGCAAUGUACAGCAGUCAGAUUGGCAUCUAAAUCCAAAGAGAUUAUUUUAAUCAGAUCAUAGUAGCAUUAAUGUGCAAAAAAUGCAAAAGCUUUUGAAUAAUAGGUUGUUUUUGUUUCCUUUGAGGGCCUAGUUAUUGCUUUGUUUUCAUGCUCAUUUCGUUAGCAUUUUGCAACAGACUGAUAUGUACUGUGAAUGUUCAAAUGCAACAAAUGAGUGCUACUGUGUUCUGUUUGUUCAAUAAAAUGUGCUGGUGUCCCAUCUUUUAAAAUGUGAA